AUGGUGACGGAGGCUACAAUAUCGAUCAGGAGGAGGGUAAUUGGCAAUCUCCUGCGUACCAAAGGACUUAAGGAUGCAAACUCGGUGCGCGCGUUGAUUGGUGACGACUGCUAUGACGAGAAUCUUGACGGAGUAGCGAUGCUUGGAGCGUCGAACAAGCGGUCUGGCCCAACGAUACGCGAGUUCCAGUCACUCGUGGGCAGCUUGCUAUGGGUUGCGCGCUGCAAAAAGCCCGACAUCGCCUUUGCGGGCACAGUGAGCUUGAAGGUCACGAUAGCGCCGGCGCAAAACCGUGACCAAAAAGUGUCUCGACGGGGAGCGUUUAGCAACGCUGAUUCUGCGGUCGAUAAGGCCGACAGGAAGUCGAUGACCGGCAGCGUACUUCGCCUUCACGGCAUGGCAGUGAGUCGAGGCGCGCAUAAACAGGGCGGCGUGUCUCUGUCAAUGAUGAAGGCCGAUUUUGUCGCUGUCUCGUAA